CAGCGGGCCUGAACAGGGCUAUGGCGCCGGCGCCUGGGCCACGGAGGAAGGGGGCGGCGGGGACAGGCUACCCCGUCCUGGUCCGGGCCCUGCGCCGGGCCUGGCAGGAGAAGCACCUGGUGCUCUUCGAGCCUCGCUUCACCCCGCUGGUGGCCGCCUGCCUCUGCUUGGCCGAAGUGGGGGUCAACCUCUGGGUCAUCCAGAGGGUGGCAUAUACCGAGAUCGACUGGAAAGCCUACAUGGAUGAAGUGGAGGGGGUUGUGAAUGGGACACUGGAUUACACCCAACUAAAAGGGGACACGGGACCCCUCGUGUACCCUGCUGGCUUUGUUUACAUCUUCAUGGGCCUGUAUUAUGCCACCGACCGAGGCACCAACAUCCGCCUGGCACAGUACUUCUUUGCCACCCUUUACCUGGCCACCCUGCUGCUGGUUUUCCGCAUCUACAGCCGUACCAAUAAGGUCCCUCCCUACGUGUUCUUCUUCAUGUGCUGUGCCUCCUACCGCAUCCACUCCAUUUUCGUCUUGCGCCUCUUCAAUGACCCGGUGGCCAUGGCUAUCCUUUUCCUGGCUGUCAAUCUCUUCCUGGAGGAACGCUGGUCCUGGGGCUGCUUCUGCUUCAGGUGAGCUCUCCUUUUGUGGAUUGA